AUGCUCUUCAAUGCUCUGAUCCGCACCCAUCACAUCACCUCUCGCAAGAAAGUCGCCGCUCUCAAACGCGCCGCCGAUACGCACAAGUGCCAUGUGCUCUUACGAUCCGGGGGCUGUCCUGGAAUCAUGUACGUCGAGGGGCGGGACCAGUUAGACGUGGAGCAAUGGGUGAAUGUUGUGCGAAAACUGCGAUAUAAGGAUUUUCAGCUUGUCGCUAGACCCCGUGCCGUGGAGGCGGAAGCAGAGUACAACAACAAGAACGAUAAAGCACCAGAAUUGAGAGACGCGGAAAUUGGACUAGUGGAAGUGGAGAGUGUGAAGGAAUUUGGAAGUCGGAUGGCGAGACGAGGGGUGUGGAAUUGGUGGAGGAAGGGAAUGGGAUAUCAAGCUUGA